CACGCACGCCAGUGUUACGCUGGCAGUCGUGGGGGAAGGUUACGUCAGUUGCGCUUCUGACCCUUUCACACGUGUUUUAUAUUUCGUACGCACCGAGUGAAUAUGUCUACGAUAAGCGACAGGGCCGUGAAUGUCGGUUCGUCCGUAGACUCCAGCGGUUAAAUAACUCGUAGAAAAUAAUUAUAAACGCCCACAGAGUGUGUGGUGUUUAAAAUGUUCCGUUCUCGGGAUCGGUGAGCGGCAAGAUGAUCUUGAGUGUAGUGUUGUGGUGGAGCGUGUGGUGGGGCGCGACGGGCGGCAUGGGGACGGGCCCGGCGCGGCUGAACGACACGGCUGUGCCGCGCUGCUGCCCCUCCGGCCAGGAGCUGGAGCGCGACGCUCUGCGGCCCGAGGUGAUAGCGCGCGACGCCGCUCGUGCAGCGUGCCGCCCGGCGCCCGUUCCCGCCGCGUGGGCCCCUUUCGUUUUCGCCCCGUCCCGCGGCCGCUUCUUGAAGCGUGGUCAAAUUCCACCCCACUGGCGCCUGACCGACGGAGCUUUACCGGCGUGCGAUGAAUUCCGAGCUGUCCGCGAGCACUCGGCGGCGUACGCCCUCCUCGGAAACAACGGCUCGCUGCUUCUUCGCGGGGUCCUCCUGCUGCCGUCGGAUCGGUAUUGCGCAGAUUAUGGCAUCGCCCUUAUGUGCGCGAACUAUCGCAUGCCGUCGUUGAAAUGUUGUCCCGAGAGAAGCGCUUUUGACGGAGAACGAUGUGUGGAAGAUUUAGACAGGGCGAAGUCGGCGUUGGCGGAAUUACGAUCUCUAGCGAACGGCAGUUUAGUGGGUAUCGGGUGGCCUGACUGCGCGGAGGGAUCCCGCUAUUCUAUAACGGGCAUCCUCGCGGGCGCCGAACUGGACGUGAACGGUGCACUAGUGCUGACGGGCGGCGAGCGAUUGGCGCCCGGCGGGUGGUGCGUGGAAGCCGUGCCAGAUGAGAGCAGAGCUCAUGUGUUCGCGUGCGAGGCGGCAGCGCGGGCGCCGCGGCCCAAGCAGGCCCUGAGGCACGCGCUGUACGGUGCCGGACUGGCGGUGGGGGCGGCGUUCCUGGCGGCGACGCUGGCGGCGGGUUUCGCGCUGCCCGCGGCGCACCACGCGCUGCACUGGCGAUGUCAGACCCACUAUGUGGCGGCGCUGAUGCUGGGCGACGUGCUGCUAGCAGCUACGCAGCUGGCGGGCGAUCAGGUGCCGCCGACGCUGUGCCGAGUGCUGGCUGUUUGUAUGCAUUUCCUGUUUCUGUCGGCCUUCUUUUGGCUCAACACCAUGUGCUUCAAUAUAUGGUGGACUUUUCGGGAUUUCCGUCCAACGAGCCUGGAGCGCGGUCAGGAGGCGUGGCGGUUACGCGUGUACAUGCUGUACGCGUGGGGCGGUCCCCUGGCGCUGGCCGGCGCGGCCGCCCUGCUGGACCGGCUGCCCCCCGGCGCCGCGCCCUUCCUGCGCCCGCGCUUCGCCGUGCAGCGCUGCUGGUUCUACGGCGACAUGGAGAUUCUCGUGUACUUUUUUGGACCGGUCGGCGUGUUGCUGUUUAUUAACUUGGCGCUAUUUAUUUCAACCACGCGCCAGCUCACCUGCGGCUUGUGGCGCCGGGACGAGGUCAAGUCCACUUCAGAGAGGGCGGCCCUGGGACGCGUGUGCGCGAAGCUGGUGGUAGUGAUGGGUGUGACGUGGGGCGCGGACGUGAUAUCGUGGGCGGCGGGCGGGCCCGAGUACGUGUGGUACGCGACGGACUUGCUGAACGCGCUGCAGGGCGUGUUCAUCUUCCUGGUGGUGGGCUGCCAGCCGCACGCGCUGGCGGCGCUGCGGCGCUGCGCGGGCGCGUGCUGCCCCCCCUCCGCCGCGCACCCCGCGCGCGCCACGCACUCCUCCACGCACCUGCCGUCCGUGGGCGAGUCCCUCACGCACACCACCCCCGCCCCGGCGUCCACGCCCGCCCCCGCGCCCGCGCCAGCCCCCGCGCCCGCGCCACCCAAAAUACCCAUGGAGACUGUGUGCUGAAAGCUUUAAUAAUUAAGAACUGUAUUUAUUGUUCAGUAUUAUUUUUGUAUUUGAACUGUGACAGUGCAGAGGCUCAGUGUAGUGACUGAGACUCGACGAUGUACCUUCGUAUGGAAGUGUCGACGCGUAUAUUGUAUAUGCAUUAUGAUUAUGAAUGUUAUUGUUAAUAAUAUAUAAAUAGAGAUAUGUGUUUGUAUCUAAAUCUAUGGACCCGACGAGUGUCACGGGUGGACGGACUCUUGCCCCGUUCGACGAACGUUUAAUUGGCUGUUGAAAAAAUAAUAUACUUUGAAAAUAUUUUUG